GAACGAUUGUCGCUGCAGAUGAACCGUGAAGGCAGCUGUGCCUGGUUGUAGCGCUGGUUGCGGAUUCACCACCAUGACGGCUACCCUGGAUUUCGGCGACCCGCUGAAGCUCGAUGAGCCCGCCCCCUUCGACGAGGAGCCUCUGGCGCCGCUGGCCGAGCCCUCUGCUAAAGCUGAUGAGCCUCCCCCGUACCACUCUGUUGUUUUAAACGCUGUGGAGCCACCUACCACAUCUGGCAGACAAGCUGGCUCAGGGACAUAUGGGGUGCCAGCCAACUCCGACUUUGACAUCCGAGUGAUGGACCCGGUGCGGCAGGGCGAGGGGGUCGCGGCAUAUGUAUCAUACAAGGUCAUCACCCGCACCACUGCUGCCGGCUAUCGCGAUCAGGCGGAGGUGAUCCGCCGCUUUCGCGACUUCACAUGGCUGCAGAAGCGGCUGCGUCACGAGUUCCGGGGCGUGAUCGUGCCACCGCUGCCCGAGAAGAAUGUGGUGGAGAAGUACAAGAUGACCACCGAAUUCAUCGAGCAGCGCCGGGCAGCACUCACUAUCUUCAUCAACAGAGUGGCGGCGCACCCAGCGCUCAAGGGUAGCCAUGAGCUUCAGCUGUUCCUGGAGGCCAGUGAGACGGAGUUUGCAAUCGAGGUGUCGCGCAGCCAGGUGGACGACUCGACUGUGACGCAGGGCGCAGCCAAGAUAACACUGACGGGUGCUGUGAGCUUUUUGCGCGAGCUGGGCCACACCGCGUCCAACCUCUACCAUAAGAGGACGGACGAUGAGGAGGAGGAUGUCGAGUACCUCAAGCUGCGGGCGUAUGUACACGAGCUUGAGCGGCACCUGAGCGAGGUGCACCGCCAGGCGUCGCGCCUGGUGCGGCACCAGGCGGAGCUGGGGGAGUCGGUGCGGGAGUUUGGGGUGGCCAUGACGGCGCUAGGGCGAUACGAGGAGUCGGGCUUGAUAGCCGACAGCUUUGGGCAGCUGGGAGACUGUGCUGAUGCGGUAGCACGGCUGUGUGCCAAGGCCAGCACCAGCCUGGCCUCUUGCUUUGAGGCGCCACUCAAGGAGUUUGUGCGGGGCGUCAAGGCGGUGAAGAAGGUGUGCGCCGACCGCAGCACGGCACUGGCAGUGUUCCAACAGGCACGCGUUGAUGUGGAUGGACGGCGGCAGCGGCUGGCCAAGCUGCGUGGCACGCCAGGCAUCCGUGAGGAGCGGGUGUCGGAGGCGGAGCGAGACCUUAGCGGCGCGCAGCAGCGGGCCGAGGCGGCAAAAGGGGAAUACGAGACCAUCGUGCAGCGCAUGACCGGCGAGGUGGAUCGCUUCCAGCGUGAGCGAGCUGUGGAGGUGGGCUAUGUGCUGCGUGAUUUUUCCCUGGCGCAAGCGCAGGUCAACGGCGACGCAGCACGCCUGUGGGGCUCCUUUCUAGCUAGACUGGCAGCGGCAGGGGCCACCAGCUGAUUGCGAUCCCACUCCCUCAGCCUCCUCAAUGUCGCCUCUUCCUACGAUGCAUCUGUGAGCAACGUUUUUCAUGCAUAUUCAAAUGAUGGGUUACACACCAAGUGAU